ACAAGCCACCAGAUGACCAGACCCGUAUCCGAUUCCCAGUAAAUCAGUCCUCCACUCCUCUCUCCCCAAACCCUAACCACUCGUCGGAUCCCCUUCCCUCCAAUCCAAUCCCGAUACUGGGGAAUCCUCGAAGCCAAAUCCCAAUGGCGUGCAAUCCCAGCGGCUCCUCCUCCUUCGAUCACCUUCUCCUCCAAAGCCUCAUGGGCCGCCUCCAGCUCCGCCCCCCGUACCUCGACACCAACUCCUUCCUCUCCCACAGCCUCGACGACUUCCUCCUCCGCGAUGAGCUCCCCUCCGACGACGAAGACGACGAGGAGGAGGAGGACGGCGAGCUCACCGCCUUCUCUGGGGACGGUGCCAGGCACCGGCGCCACAUCGGCAAGGAGGAGGCCCGAUUGGAGAAGGAAAUCAUCAAAAUUGUCCACUCUGGCAAUGCCAAGGAGAAGCUCAAGGCUAAUUCCGGCCAAUCCGUGUCCAUCGGGGACCACGACAUCUGCAUCGGGGCCCACGAGGAGCCGGGAUCCGAGUACCGGGUCUGGGAGUGGCACGGCCACAUCAUGCUGUUUGACGAGGAGAACGGGUACUCGGCCGAAUACAUCUAUGGGAAUUACUUCGAGCGGCUGCCGGACAAGAAGGGAGGAAGGAAGGAUGAAGAGGAGGAGGACGACGAGGAGGGGACGAAGGUCAAGGCUGGAGCAAAUUCUGGACUACGAGAUCUGAUCGGGGAUUCGAAGGAUCCCGUUGGGAAUGGGGAAGGGAGGGUGCUCCACCGGAACUCUCGGAAUUCUGGGACGGCGGCGAGGUAAUGGACGAGGGUGAUAUCUGUUACCGAGGAGAUGGAAUUUGUCAAGAAUGUAUACAGUCAUCCACAGUUUUUGCAUCCAGAUGUUAUUCCGUAUCGGUGACCCACUAAACUUAUCCCAUAUCUUGGAUGCUCUGUGUUUGUAAUAUUAUAAUCUGGAUUUAGAAGUUACUCUCAUGGUUUUAAUAGUGAAUAUUUGUGAUUUGUGUUUA